AUGGUUGUACGACUCUUUCAACACGGUUUUUACAGACGCGGCUUCUCAGCUUUUCUUUCCAAUACCUCGCGCGCAGUGCGGAUCACAUUCUUCAGACAUUUGUUUGCUCGUUUGCUUACGGACUCUUUUGUUUUCUCGGCCUUUGGGUUUGGAGCGCUAGUCGUGUGCAGUCGAAUCAAAUCCAUGGGCACUACUUCCCCUUCGCCUACCCAGAUUGCAAAUACUUUUGAGGAGGUUGUGCCGUCGUCUGUGUCUGCUGUUUCCUCCUCCGCCUCUCCUCUCCCUUCUGCUUCGUACCAUGUUUUCAUCAAUCAUCGCGGAGCUGACGUCAAAUACACCCUAGCCACCAACAUCCGCAAUAAACUUACCAAUUUGGGACUCUCCGUCUUUCUUGAUGUCCAUUCCCUUAGAGUGGGUGAUGUCAUUACAGCACAAAUCGAAGAGGCCAUUCGCACUGCUUCCCUUCAUAUCGCCAUUUUCUCUAUAUGCUAUGCCGAAUCCCCUUGGUGUUUGGCAGAGCUGUCUUCAAUGCUUAAGAUGGGUAACAAAAUUAUUCCUCUCUUCUUGCAUGUCGAUCCUUCUGAUCUGCGCUGGGUGCGUGAAGGAAAAGGGAUCUAUGCUCCUGCGUUUUCUCAAUAUCAGGAGAAGGGCAGAUACUCCCCGCGAAAGCUUGACGAGUGGAUGACGGCACUCGAGUUUGUUUCUGGUCUUUCUGGCUGCGUGAUCAAGGAUAAUGAAGAUGAGGGGAUGCUGUUGAAGAAUAUAGUAAAUAUGGUAAUCAAGGCAUUGGACAAGGUGCCCGUUCUGGUAGCCGACAAGACCUUCGGACUGGAUGAAAUUGUACGGGAUUAUGAAAGAAGGGUAGAUAGCGAGAACAAUGUUCAAAUUGUUGGGAUAGUGGGAAUGGGUGGAGCAGGUAAAACCACGCUUGCUAAAGAGUUGUAUAACAGGAAAUCCUCAUCCUUUCAAUUUUCCAGUAUUUUAUUUUCAGUGCGAGAUGCUGCAAGUAGGAAUUCUUUGCACAAGAAGCAAGAAAAGCUUCUUAAGGAUCUUGGUGCCCAAGGCGAUAACUUAUCCUUCGACGACAUAGAAGAAGGCAAAUCUAUUCUCGCAAAUCGGCUGAGAUCUGUUCGUGCACUCAUCGUGUUGGAUGACGUGGACCAUAAAAGGCAACUGGAUGCUCUGUUGCCAACCAAGGACUGCCUUGCAUCCGGCAGUCUUGUAAUUGUUACAACUCGCGAGUUAGAUCUCCUUGCAAAAUGGAGCUCAACUAUAUAUGAAAUGAAGCCAUUGAACCCCCUCCUUGCCAAGCAGCUUUUCUGUUGGCACGCUUUCUUACAACUCCAUCCAGAAGAGGGAUUUGAAGACAUUGUUGGAAAGUAUUUAAAAACUUGCAAUGGAUUGCCUUUGUCCCUUGAGGUCCUAGGAGGACUAGUUUAUGGCAGGUCCAAGGAUUAUUGGCAAUCCCGGCUACAUAAGAUCUUGCGAAUGUUGCCCGAAGAUAUUAAGGGGAGGUUGAAUGUCAGCUACGAUGCAUUGGACGAUGAAGAGAAAGAGAUGUUCAUGGACGUGGCUUGUUUCUUCGUCGGAAGAAGUAAAAGAUUAGCGAUUGAAGUAUGGGAUGGAUCGGGGUUGAGUGGGUUGCAGGGGUGGGAAACACUUGUUAACAAGUGUCUGGUUAAUGUGGAUAGGUAUGAUCGUAUAACAAUGCAUGACCACCUGAGGGAUUUGGGAAGGGAUCUGGCAGGUGGACAUACACCACCUCGUGUAUGGCUUCCAGGGCAAAUAAGUAACAUACAGAAACAAGCUAGGGGAGAAAUGUCUAUUCGAGGGAUAGAUGGUGCUGGAUUUGAAUAUGCUGAAAAGCUAUUCCAUGACCAACUGAGGGGUUUGGGAAGGGAUCUGGCAGGUGGACAUACACCUUCUCGUGUAUGGCUUCCAGAGAAAAUAAGUAACAUACAGAAACAAGCUAGGGGAGAAAUGUCUAUUCGAGGGAUAGAUGCUGCUGAUAAGCUAUUGCAUCAUCGGCACCCUCUCAAAAAAUUCACCGAGCUGGCAGCUGGAACCUUAAACAGAUAUUUUGGGCACCCUGUAGCCUCCUCAUUCGGAGUAAAAAGAUUGCAUCAUCGGCACCCUCUCAAAAAAUUCACCGAGCUGGCAGCUAGAACCUUAAACAGAUAUUUUGGGCACCCUGUAGCCUCCUCAUUUGGAUUAAAACUUUUUACUGGCAGAGAAGAAUAUUUUAUUAAAUAUUUGAGCGCAACAUUGGAAGACCCUGUCUGGCUUUGGUUGGAUAACUUUAUGGGGAAAAAACUUCGGUCAUGGUCACUCAGAAGAUUACGAAUUUUGGAAUUCACCAAUGCUCACUACUUAACUGGAUUAUGGGGUAGUUCAGAUCCUCCAUUGCAGCUAAGAUUACUGCAUAUUGGUGACGCCUAUAUGAUGCAAAGGAUCCCUAAGUCAUUAGGACGUCUCACAAAUUUGAAAAUGAUAGCUCUCAAAAAAUGUACUGCAGUGGUGAAUCUCCCAGAAGAGUUUUGUGAUCUCCGAUCUCUGGAGACGCUACAUUUAUUAGAGUGUUCAAUGCUGUCUUCGUUACCUAGCCGUAUGGGGGAUCUCAUAAACCUGCGGAAUGUAGAUUUGACUAAUUGUGAGCAGCUGCAGAUUUUGCCAGAUUCUUUUAACCAGCUGAGACACCUUCACUAUCUCAGUUUAUGUGGUUGUAAAGAACUCACCUUGAGAUCCGACGUACUGGAAAACAUAAGUAAGCUGGAGUAUUUGAACUUUGACGGAUGCAAGAAGUUGGAACAAUUGCCAAAUAAAAUCACAGAUCAAGUGUUUCUGAGAGAGCUCCGUGUUGUGCAUACAGCCCUAACGGAGCUUCCCAGUGACUUCGGCAAACUUAGAAAAUUGCAAGUGCUGAAUAUAGGAAGUCCGAUCUUGGCCACCUUGCCGUCCUCUCUUGGAAAUCUGUCCAGCUUGGCCACCUUGUAUAUAUGUUGUCCAGGGUUGAAAGAGCUCCCAAAUUGUGCAGGUUUACAUUCCAUCAAAAGGGUCUCUUUAAUACAUUGCAACAAAGUUGUUAAAAUCGAAGGGCUUGAACAUUCGAGGUCCUUGGAGAGCUUGCAGACAAUGGCGUCGUGGAGGUCUCCAGUUAUACAAAGUUUGGAGGGAAUAGAGAAUUUGAAGUGUUUGGUCAUGUCAGCGGAGUGUAGAUCAGCACUUCAACCCUGCAUUCAGACUUUAAAGAAAUGGCCAUUCGAGAUGGUGAUAUGUGGAAGGGCAGCGCAUGGUGCAGAGUCAGUGAUGGAUUCUCUUUCAUUUCCCACCCUGACCAUGGUGAGCUCAUUGGAGAUGAUCGAGGAAAAUGAAUGGAGGAUAGAAUGUGGGAAGACGCAUACUUCCAAUGCUGCCGUCUUAUGUUUCCUUGUAAAUUCAUUCACAGGUAGUAGAUUCAAUAUCUUGUGUAGUGGUGGGACGGCAUUUGCGAGGUUAGGUACAGAAUUGGAAGAGGGGAAAUGGGUGUGUGUAGGUGUGUUCAGACAAGGUUGUAGGUUAAUAGACUUGGGCUAUAAACUCACGGCGACAGCUGGAUUAUAUAGUGGAGAAGGUGAAGCAAGCAGAGGAUUGUUAGCGGUAGGAGAAGAAGCGGCAUUUACAAAUUUAUGGGCAUUGUUCAUGUAA